GUGGUGCCAAGUUGCUAUACUUGAUUUCUUCAGAUUGUUAUUUUGUAAAAGUCGGGUUUAGUGCGUGUGUAUGUGUGUGUGGUGUGUGUGGCACGCUUGUUUUUGUAUGUAUCUGUGUAUGUGUGGGUACAUGUGAAAGUCUCUUUUGCCAUGUCGACAUCUGGAACGUUGACGAGCUACUACGUUGACUCCCUCAUCUUGCCCGAGAGCGAGGAGCUGUCCGCGCCCAGAUACACCUCCGGUCCGGGGGGGCUCCAGCAUGCGAGGCAGCUCACCUCGCUCACCGAUCACACCGAGCUUGGGCCCUGCACCUUCCCGACGAAAGCUCCGGUCUUCAACCCGUCCUGGGGCCAUGUAUCGACCCAGUUUCCAGGUGCCGUGUCAUCCGUGUACCACCACCCGUAUGGGCAUCACCAAGGCCCGGCUCCAGGCGAUGUGGAGGGUCGCUACAUGCAGUCCUGGCUGCUUGAGCCCAUUUCAGGGUCCUUGCCUUUGACCGGAUUACCGACGAGUCAUCAUUACGGGAUCAAACCGGAGAGCCUGGGCGCACGAGUGGACAGCGCGCUGCCUGGAUCCCACACCGCACUGCUCCUGUCCGACUUCACCAACGGGACAGUUGCGACGGCGUCCCCGGUGGACAAGAACACACUACCUGGCCAGACCGCAAACCCGAACGGGGAGAUAGAGGAGAAACCGGCCCUCGAUCCAAAUAACCCGGUAUCUAACUGGCUCCACGCAAGCGCCACGAGAAAAAAGCGCUGUCCAUACUCCAAGCACCAGAUCCUUGAGCUGGAGAAAGAGUUCCUCUUUAACACGUACCUCACGCGGGACCGUAGGUUCGAGGUCGCGAGGCAGCUCAACCUUACCGAGAGACAGGUCAAAAUCUGGUUUCAGAACCGCAGAAUGAAGAUGAAGAAAUUUAAUAAAGAUUGUGGACCAAAAAAUGAUUUAUAGGAACCUAUGAUUCAUUGAACGAGAACGUAAAAAAUAUCACAAAUAAGGGAUAUCUGUGAAAAGACUGUAUUUUUUAGAAGUCGUUGUCUUAUUGUUUUAUUCCAAACAGAAGCUGUUAUGUGUCUUGUAAAAAGCAUGUCCGGCCCUACUCGUCGGUUUGAUGCAACUACCUUUAUAUUGCACAAUUUAACAGUGCGCAUAAUUUGUUGUUAUUGUUAUUAGGAUGUUAAUUAAUUAAGGCCUCGGCUGCAAGUGUCAUUGUGUAAGACGAGUAUUAGUAGGCCUGUUCUCUGUGCUCGUUUGUGUAUGGAUGUUUGUAGCU